UGCGCUCUGUUUGCUCCGAGGCAUUGGUCCAAAUUAGGCUUAUAUUGCAGGUUUUCAAACUGCUGUCCAGUUAUUUUACCAGUAUCUCUGGCAUUGCAUGUAGCUGGCACAGAUCCUUCAAGAAGAUAUGUCUUUAGGCCUGGAGCUCAUCGGUAUUGUGUCAUGUGUGCUGGGCUGGCUUUUGGCCAUCGUGGCUUGUACUCUCCCAAUGUGGAGGGUCACAGCCUUCAUCGGCUCCAACAUUGUGACGGCUCAGAUUAUCUGGGAUGGCCUGUGGAUGUCCUGCGUGGUUCAGAGCACCGGACAGAUGCAGUGUAAAGUCUAUGACUCCAUGCUGGCUCUCUCUCAGGAUCUUCAAGCGGCUCGAGCCCUGACUGUUAUAUCCAUCCUUCUGACCGUCCUGGCUGUAUUGGUGUCCAUUGGUGGAGCCAAGUGCACUAAUUGCAUUGAAGAAGAGUCAUCCAAAGCUAAAGUCAUGAUCUUCGGAGGGGUGCUGUUCAUCGUAGCUGGGCUUAUGCAGCUGAUUCCUGUAUCCUGGUCUGCCAACAGCAUCAUCAGGGACUUUUACAACCCUUUGCUGCCUGACGCCCGGAGACGGGAGAUGGGAGCAGCGCUCUACAUCGGCUGGGCAGCAGCCGCACUCCUGAUUUUGGGUGGAUCGUUGCUUUGUUGUUCCUGCCCUCCACAGGAGAAAAAAUAUAACCCGUCUCGGAUGCCGUAUCCUGCGUCUCGCUCGACAGGUGGGGGAGGAUAUGACAGAAGAGACUAUGUGUGAAACAAACAAAGGACAACUCUGAACUCAGUGUUGCAGUGUUCAAUACAUGGGCAAGAUUUUCUGGAAAAAAGUGAAAAUACGCCAUACAUUCUCCAUCGUGGGGGAAACAUGUCUUAUGAAGUUGUUUGAUGUUUUAGUUUUUCAUGUAAGUGCGAUGUUGGCUGUUCAGAGUAUAAGGACACUUACAGCGAGGAAUUACCUUUUGUAAUUGCUUUGAACAUGCAUUAUAGGUCAGUUACGUUCAACUAAAAUCUCAACGUGACAUCAUUUUCAGUUAACUUAGGUGUAUAAAGUCGAUUUAUUGGUAAUUUAUUUUAGUUUUCUGGACUAGUUACACUAAGAGUUUAUGUUUGAUUUAGAUGUAUUUUGACAGAAAAGUUGACUAAAUGUUUACUCUAUGUUGUAGAAUAAAAAAUGUCAAUAUCCUUUUUUCUUAAACCAUCAACUAGACACUGUGCAUGAUUCAAAUUGUAAUGGGCAUUUCUUUAUUAUGUAUACUUGUCUAUUUGUACAAAUUUAUUUUUCUUACACAUAUAUUAUUGGUUCAUACUGCCACUUAAAUUCGUAAGGUAAAAUAUUAAAUAAAAUAAACUGAACUAAAAGCCGUCCCAAGGUUCAUUCAAGUGUAGAAAUGUGAGAGGAGGGUCAGAAUGGUUGGAGUUUGAGUACUUUAUCUGAGAACACAGAGACAGAAAGAACAACGGAGUAGGUUUCUGUAAAAGGUAAUUUUGUCCUUUAGUGUUCAUAUUAUAGCCUGUUUAUGGUAGUACUGUAAUGCUGAUCAGCAAAAUUAAGAUGUUGUUACCUAUGUGUUCCAGUACAACAAUAAAUAAAUACA